CCAUAUAUACUUGUGAUCGAUUUUUAAUUUUUGCUCGAAAGAAUAAAAGGAAAUCAAAGUAUAUAUAUUAUAUAUUAUAUAUUAUGCAAUUAGCUCAAGAAGAAGUAAUUUUUAUCAAGGGAAAGAGGAGCAAACGGUCAAUUAGGGCAGCUUCCCCUCUUGCCUUAACCAUGGCUGCUACCAGCUCAUCCACCACCGCCGAUUCCAGCGGCGCUGGGGUGGUUAUUUCCGACAUUUCCGGCAGUUGUGAUCGUGAUUCCAGUGAUCAUCAGGAGGAAGAAGACAUGGCCAACUGUUUAAUGCUAUUGGCCGGAGGGCAAAUCCAGAAGCCACCGCCGUCGGCGGCGGCGGCGGCAGCGGCGGUGGAGGUCUACCAGUGUAAGACGUGUAGCAAAAGUUUCUCUUCAUUCCAAGCGCUCGGUGGACACAGGGCAAGUCAUAAAAGACCGAUUAAGCCACAAACCCUAGAUCACGAAAUCAAAAAACCGCCGCCGUUAAAACAGUACAGGCCGCAAGAAAUCAGUUAUUCUCCGUCAAACCCUUGCGCCGACGAUAGUUCGAUUAUUCUUUCCCUUCAAAUCACAGGCGGCGGCCUUCGGAGCAAGACGACGAUUAGGGUUCACGAAUGCUCAAUCUGCGGAGCUGAAUUCGCCUCCGGUCAGGCCUUGGGCGGUCACAUGCGGCGGCACAGGCCAAUACCCACGGCGGCGGCGGCGACUAGUAAUAUUAGCCACGGCGGCGGCGAGUCUCAAGAAAUGAAGAGGCCGAGGAAUAAUCUGCUUUCGUUGGAUCUGAAUCUUCCUGCGCCGGAAGAUCACGAUCACAGAGAUUCCAAAUUUCCGUUUGCACCCAAGGAACAAAUUAUAGUCUUCUCCAGUACUUCUCCGAUGGUGGUGGAUUGCCAUUAUUAGUAAUUAAAAUUUAAUUUAUUUGUUACAUAUUCUUUUAUUUAAUCUUUUCCGACGACCUAAACUGGGAAAAUGUGUAUUUUUUUUACAUUUUUAUUAAUUUAUAUUUAGUUAUUUUUAAAAUUUAUAUAUAUUCAUUCUUUUGUAUAAUUUGAUUCUUGAUAAUUAAUAUAUGAUGGCCAACUAAUUAAUUAGGUCUUUUGUUUGAAAUUGUUUUAUUAGUUACAUGUUAGCUAGUUUUCCAAUUCUGUAUUAAGUCAUGCAAAUGCAUUAUUUAGGUUUAUUUGAUUCAAAUUUUGCAUAAUUUUAUUGAUGUCGACAUGG